UUAGAUACAACCGACCGGGAGAAUACAUAUCUCAUUAUUUCAUUUAGGUCUAUUUUUAUUUGAUAUUGAUAUUUUUCAAUUCUUCCAUAGUUAUUAUAAAUAAUUAUCGAAUAUUCCAUUUCCGCGUUUCAUGACUUUCAUGUUUGAAUGUUUCAUUAUUACAUAGGUACUCGAGGUCACGUACUCACGACUCACGUAUAAUAGUCAAUUCCCAUGUCUUAUGUAAUUUAAUUACUAUUCAUUAGGUCUUAAUUAUAUUUAMAGACUAAACACUGAAAUCAUAUUAAAUUUACUUCUUGCUACAAAAAUUUUCACGGGUGAGUUGAACAACAUUUUAGAACGCAUCUACCGAAAGUGAUUUUGAAAAAAUGGUUAAAGCAGUUUGUGUAUUGAACGGUGAAAAUGUCAACGGUACCAUUUUUUUCUCACAAACUGAUGAUAAAGCUCCGGUUGAAAUAACUGGUGAGAUAACUGGACUGUCUAAAGGCCGCCAUGGAUUUCAUAUACAUGAAUUUGGUGAUAACACUAAUGGUUAGUUAAGUAUAUUGAUG